CGUUAAGUUAAACAGUUGAGCUGCUGCGGCCCGUAUCUUUUAAAACAUCCAAUCCAGCAAGUGACCCCGGAUUCUGUCGUAGCGAAUCUCAGCCGCGCCAAGCAUUAGCGACGUCUCCCCCUUCACGCCCUGGUAUAUUCAACAGCCAGAACGAAGAAGUCAAGACAGAUUGUUCUGUGUCGCAUUCACUCACAUCAUCCCAUCAACCCCUCACUCUAUCCGACAUCUCCACCAAAACUUCGUUGUAUAUCGUCUUGUUGCUCUGUACACGUGGCUUGUUUUGAUUUCAUCACCCACACGUCGCAGCGACCCGGCCGGAGAUAAUGGUCUGUUGAAGUGCCACCGAGUCCGCGAGACACCAGAGAGGUUUGAAUGAUGCAGGCACCUCAGCCCUCUCAGCGCUCAAUACAACGGAGGUUGCCCGCGGCAGAUCCAGGGCCGCCUCCAAGCAUACCGGCUCGGGCUAUGUCCCCUACGUUAGUGUCGCAAUCCAGGGUUUCCACCACCUCGGCGCGAACAACUGGUACUGGGAGUAGUAGCCGGAGGCAAAAUGUAGGAUGUGCCCAGCGUCUCUUGGGGUGAACUUUGGUGAUCUGAACAAAUCUAACGUGAAUCAUGCAGGGCGCCACGCAUGGGACCAAUUCGGGUCCCCCACUGUCACAGAUAGAGAAGAGCGUCACCCACCUUCUCGUUGCAACGAAGCAGCUCCUCGAAACAUUGACGCGAUGGUCCCGGCAUGAAGCAACGGAUACAAAUGUGUCUGAUGUCUAUGUGAGGCUUGGAUAUGAGUUUAACAUCGCUUGUCGGGCCUUUGCUGCCAUCGGCGUGGAUACUUCCGACCUUGGAAAUGUGCCAGAACUCUUGCGCGAAAUUCUGGAGUCGACACUGAGCCAGGAAGCCAGCCCCGAAGGCCUAGACCGAUACCUACCAAAGAUUCGAGACAUAAUCAUCACUCUACUUCAUGGGUUGAAACGCAAGCAACAGAAGCUACGACAGAAGCAGUCGAAAGAGAGUUCUUCCCAUAAUUCCGAGAUCAACGUCCCGAGAAACACAAGCACGAGCAGUGUUGCCAGUGCGAACACGGGCAUUACUACCCUUCUGAAUGAAGGGAUAGACCCAAAUUAUAUGCCAGACGACAGGAUGAUUGUCGAUGGCAAAGUAGUCACAAAACCAGAAGUCAACCAGGUCCCGCCGCGAGGAUCAUCAAUGUCGACGUCCCCGCAACGUCGUGGGGUGCCCCAAAGGGGACUUUCAUCACGCCACUCCAUGUCCUCAGAACACUCUUCGUUAUCAAGCACGACGAUGCAAAAUAUGCCAGUUCUCGCUCCCUUCUCGGGGGACGAAGCCGCAUUGCCUCCCAGGCCUGGCUCUGGAGAUCUUACUAUGGAUGCAUUCCCACCACCACCACCUCCGCCGCCGCCGCCUCCGAAGCAGAACGCACUGGCUGCGUUGCAAAGGGGGGGCGAUCUUGAGCGGAGAGCAUCAAGAAGAUAUUCGGCAUAUCAUAUAUCCAAGCACCUAGGUGCUCAAGCCCCCAUGCCGAUGCUCCCACCUCAAAACUCCCCUAUACCAAAUCGCGGCAGAGACCUCCGCGAGACAAUGAAUGCUGUCCGCGGGCGUGGAUCAACUGUGCAUAGUAAGCAGCUUUCGACCAGCCCAGUUAUUACUGAAGAAAAUUCAAACCGAGUUCCAAGCCGAAUUUCAGAAACUACGGAACCUAGUUCGACUGAAGAAACCCCAAGCGCAAACACUGAUCAGCAAAAUGCUGAAGCUAAGACGCCUCAAAAUAAAGGCCGGAAAGCCAGUAACGACCUCGAUUGGCAAGGCUCCGCAGAAGCAAAUCGGAUUUCGGGUGCCACUCUACAAGGGCCGCCAACUGGUGCUUUGCCCGUUUUCGCCCCUGGUUUAUAUGAGGCCAAAGAAAACGAUGCCCCUUCCACCCCCAUCACCGCAGCUAGGCAAUCACCAACAACCUAUACGGGGCCGAGCGAGAAUAGAGAAUUUGUGCCAGAGCAGUCUCCUCAGCCUGGUAAAGAGCUUACUCUAUUCCUACAAUACAAAACGAGAAUCAAGAAGUUCGUCAUGGCGGAUGGCUACAAUGAUCUGUCCAUGGCGCGACUUCAAUUGGCAUUUAUCGAGAAAUUUGCAUGGAAUACGCAUAAUAACGGUGUGGACUUGCCGGAAAUAUAUAUACAGGAUCCCGUGUCCGGAGUUCGACACGAGCUUGAAGAUCUCUCCGACAUCAAAGACCGUUCAGUUCUGGUCCUUAAUGUCGAGGCUCUUGAUGAGGUCAAACGCCAUAUCGAUGAAGGUCUGGGAGGGCUGAGGAAAAUGGUGGAGGGAGUGAAGAUAGCUAUUGAUGACCAAAAGGCGACAAUGCAAAGGGUAUCCGAACGCCAACAAGAUGCGGCUAAAGAGAUAACCCGUCUUAGCAUGAUGCCCCAGAUUGCGGCACCGCUCCCAGAACCUUCCGCCAGGGGCAUUCCACCCCAUUCCCCAAAGAACGAGGGUAACAAGGCCGAUAUCAAUGAGCUGCAAAGCCUGCGCAGGAAUUUGGCUGUUGUUAGACAAACCUUCUCAUCUUUUCAGGCCAACAUGGAGAGUUCAAUGUCUGCCAUCCGGACAAAGGCCAGCUCUGUGAGCGAUGCAGCGAUCAGGGCUGCUGUUCCAAACAUGAAGAACGAUUCUGGUCGUUCAUACGUCAAUACUGGAAAGAAGACACUCAAUGACGACUCCGAUAAACUUGUUGGCCGUGUGGAUGACUUGCAAGAUAUUGUCGAAGACCUACGCAAGGAUGUUGUUCUCCGUGGUGUCCGACCCCUUCCACGCCAACUCGAGGGUGUCGCCAAGGAUCUUUCUAUCGCAACACAGGAACUCCGGAAAAUGCAAGAAUUCCUCAAGCGUGAGCGGCCAAUCUGGACCAAGAUCUGGGAGAAGGAGCUUGAAACCGUGUGCAACGACCGUGAAGAACUCACCAUGCAAGAAGAUCUGGCCACCGAUCUUCAGGACGACUUAGAGAAGGCAACACAGACCUUUGCACUUGUGGAACAAGCAACAAAGGAACAGAUGAAGGACCUUCCAGGAGGAAACCCUGGUGGUCGUGUGCCGUUAAAGAGUUUGAAUCAUGUCACGCUUGCUGACCCGACAGUCGCCAAAGAGGGAGUCUUGGGCGAAGUUCGAGCACUACAGCCGAACCAUGAGGGUAGGCUAGAAGCCAUCGAACGUGCAGAAAAACUACGACAGAAAGAGCUUGAAGGGCGGAAAGGAGGGGAAUUUCAGAAAGAGCUUGGGAAUUUUGUCGAGGGAGGGAAGCUGAAGAAGGCCGGUGGCUUUGAGGAAGUCGAGAGGGCGCGAAAGGCGAAGGAUGAAAAGGCACGAAGAGAAGUCUGGGAGCGGCAAAACGGAAUCACACAAGCCGACGCAGAUAUAGCUCCCCAUCUUCCACGGAUAGCAUUGGAGGGCGAAGAUGAGCUUGGUGUACAAGAGGAUCAACCACCGGUAAUAUAACGGGCCUAGGGUGGCAUUGUAAGAGAGCACUUUGGGAAGACUUUAAUAUUGUUCGAAUGGCAGUGCUGCAUCUAGAUGGGGGAUGCAGGUUCUUGGUAAUAUGGGUUUCCCGUCCAUUGAGCAAGGCGUUGGGGAGGAUUUGCGUGGGUUGGGCUGCGUCUACACUACGAAUUUGAAAUCUAUAUGAUAAAGUAUCAUUUUCCCUGGCCUUCAGGCCUUACAUAGUGAAUAGAAGACUAUUUUAAUGUG